CGGUACGGGUACCCGGAGUUGAUGUUUGAACGAUUGUGUGCUUUCAAGGCGAAACGUGUGGAUUGCAUGGUCUAUCAACGGUGGGAAGAAGACCCACAGCUUGGGAGAUGGGUGACGACUGUCACUCAAACAGCACGCUACAAGAAUAACAAAGCUUGGUUGGAGACAGUUGUCUUGAAACGAUCUCCUUACCGCACCGGUAGACCGACUUGAGAUGACAACAUCGGAGGGUCGUUUUCGAAUUGAAACGGAAACCAACGACAUCGUUUGGGGAUCCUUCAAACCAGCACGGUCAGUUGCCUACCUGCACCAUAGGCCCACAAAUUACAAUCGCGAACGUUUGCAAAGAUCCCUGCUGCUCGUAUCAACUGCCUGCCUACCGAGAUCUACGUAUAAAUGAUCCUGCUUUCCAUUCUGUUUGCCAAUGUCUGGGUCAGACAACGCGCAGGAGGCCAAGAAAUAGUGCCGCUUGAAGUGAUUUGGGACGAGUUCUUGGAGUCACCAGAGUACGAACUCAUUGUCGCCAUGGUCGAAAACGAUUCUAUUGGCGAACUUUCCAACGACAAGGCGCUAAAGAUAUGGAUGGCGGCUAUCGAAAACGUAUCCUACAUGUGGAAGGCUCUAGUGUACGACAACCCGUACCACGUUGACAGCUCGGGUAUGAUCCUUGAGAAGACCCUCUCCAAGGACGACAAAGAAAUGUGGAACACCAUAUGCUUUCUUGUCAAGGGAGCAUUCUAUCUUUCGAACGGGAUCUCCCUUUCAAAACUGAAGCAAGAGAGAAGUGAUCGGUUCUUGAUGCACGCAGCGGCUGGCAUCCUUCCACGCUUCCAACAGAGAGGAACCCACCGCAGCAGAUUCCGUAUUGUCUGGGAGAGAAUCCUAAGCUUGCACGGAGACCAAGCUGCACAAGAAGGACCCGUCUUGAAGCGGUUUCCACUCCACAUCAUUGCCGCCACCAAGUGCACCCCACCCUGUACUCCUGAGACGGACUUGGUCGAUCCUACAAAGGAUAAUUGUGCCCGACUGCGGCUAGAUACGUUCGAUGGCAUAAUGGAAGUAAGCCCACAUUCCGUGUUUGCCGUCGAGGAUGCCGAAGGCAACUGCCCGUUUCACUUGGCCUGUGCAAGUGGGUAUUCAUGGACUGGUGUGUUGGAGACGCUGUUUCGAGCCGCUCCGUGGCCUGCCAUUUCGAGUCGAUCACUCGUAUUGAGGGCUGAGACUACUGCUACAGCACCCAACUCCAAGAAGAGGAUCCGUGGCAAAUGGUGGAAAUCCAAGUUGAAAUUGCGUUCGGAGAAGAAAGCUCGGUGGGGGCCUGAAAAGAACGAGGUGGCCUCCAAGAAAGAAGCCGAUGAAUUGAAUACAGUCUAUCAGCUCCUUCAAGCGGACCCAAACAUUGUCAUGUCCUCCCUUCUGGCAAACUAGGUUGUCAAGUAGAAUCAUGGCUUUGUAUGCGACAUGAAAGUGUAAUAUCGGUGGUGUUUUAAAAACGUAUUAGCAAACACGCAAGCAUCCUCGUGGCAUUGGAGCUACACUGUACCUCAGAGGCCUCUUCACACCGAGUUCCUGUCCCGCGCAACAAGGGAUGGUACAUCAAGCUGGCCCAACUUGAAGCAAUCAAUCUUCACCACAACUUGCAACUUACUUGGUUGUGCUUCCCUCACUGCCACUCUGAAGUUAUACUAGGAUCCGAGCAUGUAGAGCAACAUACAUCCCAAAAGAUCUUGUUUGCCAGGCAACCAAGGAAAGGAAUGGUUCAAGCAGUACUCGAGUAGAGCAACCAACCAGGAGAAGUAAACCCCCUCUGGUAGAGAUAAACCUACCGAUACCCCACGGUAUUGUCUGGGUGAAGUCGAGGCGAAGACUGACGGAAGACUGUGGGAAGUCUGAUGAGUGAAGACUGAGUGAAGACGGAGUGAAGACGGAGUGAAGACGGAGUGAAGACGGAGUGAAGACGGAGUGA